AUGGCAUCCGGCCAGGCCCCCGGGUCAUCCGCACCAUCUUCCAGCAUCAACUCCCCCAUCCUUCCUCCCGGCAAUGGGCCCCUCCUCAACGGCGCAUUAUCAGAUUUGAAUUCGCGAUCCUCCCCAGCACCGGCAAGUAAUCUUUCGGCGCAGGGAGACAGCGCCCGUGCAAAGCGGAAUAAGCGUGAUAGUCGCAAGAAGCGUGAAGCCAAAGGCUUAGAUACUGAAAGCGCACCUCCUCCGAAGAAGCGCGCAACCGCUGCAAGCACCGCUCGUCCUAGCUCCGAGCUGUCUAUUCUUCGCCCGUUACUGCUCGCCGAACCCCAUCACUCGGACAAGUUUCCUCCCCAGGCUCGCCAAUUGAAUCAGGUCACUAGCAAGACCUCUAGCGUGUUGGGUCAAAGCUGGGAUUUCUAUGAGGUGGUUGAUAAACUCACCAAUAAAAAUGGGUUCCGAUAUUCCUACGCUAUAGCCGACCCGGGAUUUCCGCAUAUUAAGUACCGACAAACUGAUGUGAGACCCUAUCAUGCCCGUUUCAGCUUUGAAGACUCCCCUGCGGCCAUAUCCUUUUCCCAGGAUGCCACGGCUGUGACUACUAGCGAUGCAUGGCACACGGCACGCGCAAACGUCUGCGCUCGAGAGGGCUCAUACUAUUACGAGGCACGAGUUAUCAGUGGUGUGGUCAACAGUGCCCAAGAUGCUCCACAGAAUAACUCCAGUGCUCCAUCCCGUGGCCAUGUCAGACUUGGAUUCGCACGCCGUGAAGCCGAUCUCGAUGUCAACGUCGGUGUCGAUUGCUACGGGUAUGGCAUCCGCGAUGUUAAUGGCGAAGUCGUCAAUCGUAUGAGGUGUGAGUUCUUUUUUCCAAAGGGUGAAGCCAUCAACGAAGGCGAUGUCAUUGGCAUGCUUAUUACCCUUCCGCCCCUGUCCCUCCACAAGAAGAUUGUUGAGGGCACCUAUGACCCCGCUGUGGAUGGCGACGGUUCAGAUCCUGCGUCUCGGACUCCCAUUGCUGCCAACAUCAUCCGAGAUCGCAUUCCUUUCCACUACAAGUCCGACUUUUGCUGGCAACAGUCCAACGUUUUCUCUACUAAACAUCUCCGCGACUACGCUUUCAACUUGAAAGAAACUCCGACAUUCGGUCCUCCUUCUCCGCUAAACAGCGAAGAUGCGUCUUUGCGCACACUUCCUGGAUCUAGCAUCACUAUCUUUAAGAAUGGUGUUAAGAUGGGCACCCCCUUCAAAGAACUCUAUGCUUUCCUUCCGCCGGCUAGUCGCCUCGCCAACGGCACAAAUAACCUUGGUAUUGGCGAGCGCGAAAACGCCGACGACGGCAUGAUUGGUUACUACCCAGCCGUGAGCUGCUACGGUGGCGGCGCAGUCGAAUGCCGCUUUGAAGGUCCGUGGUGGGUUGGUCCACCCGAUAGCACUGAGACCGGUGAGCCGAUUCGGCCAAUCGGUGACCGAUUCAAUGAUCAGAUCGUCGAGGACGUGGUCGCCGACAUUGUGGAUGAGGUUGAGGCCAUGUUCACUUGGGGUGGUGUUGACGGCGACGUGAUUGGCAACAACAGCGGGGAGGUGGAUGGCACUGCUUCCGGUGCAGUUGGGGGUUCGGAGGUGCUCAAGGGAGGUGUCGGUGCUGCGCUGGACUCGGCUGUUUCAGCCCCUGGGGCCUCUGAAUCUGCUGCGAAUAGCAACCAACCAACACCGGCUGCCACGGGAGACGCUGCUGCAGGAAAUCCAGCGUUGGAGGAUACCAUGAGUAUUGGGACCGCUGGGACUCCGAACCCUGCGGUGGAAGCCUCGGUUGCCGGGGCUGAUGAAGAUGUUGAGAUGACUUGA